AUGGUGCGUCGGUUGAGAAAGACGAAAAAAGCCCAAAAAUAUGAUUACUCUCGCAAUAGGAAGCGUUUGUCACAGAAAACUCGUCGCAAUGGAAACAUCAAAAGUGCCGAAAUUCGAGCUGCUUAUGAUGAUAAAAAACGACCGGCGAGAAAUAUCCGCGAUAUGGGCCUCGCGUACGAUGUGAACCGUGCCAUCCCAAUUCCAAAUGUUAAGAAACAAAUGCAGGACAUGGAAAAGGUGCUAUCCGGGCAGAAGGUAAAAUCUGCGGCGCGUAAGACACGUGCUGCACCGAAGCAGCACGUCGCUGAACAGCUGGAGGAGGAUGCAAAUGAAUUCGUCGGCACACGGUUCCGAAUGGCUAGAUCGAUGGUGCGGAUCAUCACGGCAAUGAUCGAUCGGCAUGGAUUCAACUAUCAGGCGAUGGCAAGGGAUCGAACCAACUACGAGCAGGAAACGUGGCGACAGUUCCGCAGCAAGAUUCGACGUUUUCUACGCAUUCCGGAACAAUGUACACCGUACCUAGAGCAGAAGGGUUGGAUCGAUUGCGAUAUGAGCGAUCCGACCGAUCCACGAUGGAAGGAAUUUGGUACCGAUGAUGAAUCGUAA